AAAAAUCAAUUUGCAUAUGUAUAAAGCGGGAUUGGCAGCUGCCAAUAUGGCUCGAGGGGAAAGUCUUUCCACACUCUUAAAAUUGGGUUAUUAGUUUGCUUUAGACAUAUAUGUAUACUAAGAAUUAUAGGGUUAACACAAUGCCAAUACAAAUCAAUAUGUAUCUAUUAAGACUUUCGCUAUAUAUUUGGCAAAAUUCGAAUAAAUUUUUACUAGAAAGAACAAGACAAUAGACUACAAGACAAUGAUGAAUUAGGUUGUUGGCCACAACGCGAUAGAGAGAUGAAGAUCUCAUCAGUGUGAUACGAACCAAGAACAGCAACGGUUGGUCACUAUGGAGUUACAAUUGUAUAUAUCAUUGGCAUUGUUCAUAGCAUGGAGAUAUCCUGAUGAAACUUCAGGAGGAAGAAUAACAAAUCUCGAUUUGGAAAGCAACAACAACUGGAUACCAAAAGAACAAACCAACUUUGGUUACAACUAUGUUCCGCAUGGAGGUUACAAGAGGCAACGUUUGCAUGUUCGCGGCAAGGCGGCACCAACAACCACAACUGAGCGUCCAUUCAUUAGAGUCUGGAACAGCUUUGUACGCAGCGUCCAGCCCAAUUUUAGUCUACGCAAUCUAACCAAUCCAUUGGUUAAUCUUUUUAACGAUGGCACUGCCAAUAUAAUUGAAACUCCGCCUGUGUUUGUCCAGUCAAUUGAUCCUGAGGAGCAGCAGCAAUUCCAAAACGUUGAAGUAGAUCGUCCACAGAGUUCGAAUAAAAAGAAGCGUAAGCGUCGCAAGCAGCAGAAGCGAAGACCUGUCAUUGAUUCAGAAGAAUUUUAUGAUCCAUAUGAUUAUUAUGGAGCACCACCAGCACAGCCAUCUUUAUUGCCUCAGGCUCAACCAAUGUUUUUCUUUGAUACCAAUUCGGGCAGCUAUUACGGAGUGCAGCGUUUCCGUCCAGAAGACUUUGACGAUCAAAGAAACUACUACAAUCAAUUCUAUGGAAGUGGUCUGCAAUCCCAAUCCAACGAAGAAAACGGGGAAGAACCCGAAAUGGAAGACGAAGAACCCACACCAUUGGCUAAACUGAAUACAAAGAAAGUGACGCUAUUGCGACCCUUGACGCUAUUAGUCCAAACAACCGACGACAAAAACGAUGUGAAUGCAGCUGCAGUUGAAGAAAGUGCAUCAACUGAAGACAACACAACGACUGAACCUUCAGCCGGCGACAGUGAAGACGCCGAGGCUAGCUACUCAUCUCUCUCUGAGAGCAUGCGCAAUGCCUUGGGCACGUACAUGCGCGACGAUCACCUUAAUCGUCAGCGUCAACGUCAUGAGGUAUCAGCAGCGGCCGAAUCAUCAGUUUCAGUCACCCCACGUCAUCGACACGGCUAUUUUCGGCUGCGCGCCUGGUAAUUCUUACAAAAG